UAUUUUAAAUCCAUGUUUUUUCUGCCCAACGGUGUUUUGACAUGGAGUUGAAAUUAAAUACUUGGCAUGUUUGUUUAUUUACCAACGUAAAUUUAUAAUCAUGCAACUUUACUUAUGAACUUUUAUGAUGAUUUCAGCUUCCGCUCCAUUCCGGUCCGACACGAUCGAACCACUUACGGGGAGUAACUUCCCUCGUUGGAAGUCCCAAGUCGAAUUAUGUUUGGGUUGUAAUGAAUUUGACUAUGCCUUGAGGGAAGAAAAACCUGUGGCACCUGUGGCGGGUGUCACAGGGUAUGCAGAACUCAAGAAGGAGUAUGAUGUUAAGAUGGAAAAGUGGAAUAAGUCCAACCAUAUUGCGCUUCUCAUCAUGAAAGCGACAAUAUCGCCGGACAUUUCUGAAGCACUCCCUAAGAAAGAUACUGCUAAAGAUUUCCUCACUGAAAUGGAGGAGCAAUUUAAAGGCUCCGACAAAGUGUAUGCUCAUGAGCUUUUUGCUAAACUUCUUCAAAAAUACACUAUUGACGGAAAUGUUAGGCAUCACAUAUUGAGGGUGGUAAAUGCUUUCACCAAGCUUAAGGCUUUGGAGUGUUCUUUAAGUGAAGCCCUUCUUGUCAUAAUUAUUCUUGAGUCUCUUCCUGAAGAGUUUGAACAAUUUAAGGUCAACUAUAACUCUCUAAAGGAAAAAUGGCCACUCUCUGAGAUGACCGCAAGAAUCGUCCAGGAGGAAGAAAGGAUCAUGAGGCAGAAGAAAGACCAUGUCUUUCAUGUUGGCUCUAACAAGAGAAAGCAUGACGGACAAGGUUUCCCUAAGCCUCAGAAAUGGCAAGUCAAGAAAGAAGGCACUAAGCCAUUCAACCCUAAGGCAUUCAAGGGUAAAGAAGCCGGUGGUUCUUCUUCUGCUCCUAGCAGCUCCACUGCUGGAGAAAAUGCUUGUAACUUCUGCAAAGAAGAGGGACACUAUCAAAGGGACUGCCCAGGCUUUCUAAAAUGGAUGAACAAAAGAGGGAUUCGAUACGAUCCAAACCAUAAGAGGAGGAACAAGAAAGCUUAAGGUUGCGAACGGAGUUGAGGCCGAUGUUGAAGCUGUGGGAUCUCUCACGUUGGAGCUACACACUGGCCACACUCUUAGAUUGAAUAAUGUUAUUUAUGUGCCUACCUUAAGUAGGAAUUUGAUUUCAGUUUCUCGUUUAGAUGAUGAUAUGUAUGAGUGCCAUUUUGGCAAGAAACAAUUUGCUUUGAUCAAAUGUAAUAAGAAUGUAGGCAUCGGUGUUAGACGAGGCCAA